CACAAGAAGGACGACAAGUUUGCAUUUGUGAUGACGACGACGACGACGACGGGAAGAAGGUGACAGGUUAGACCUCGCUUUUGACAACAUGACCGGUCCAAGCAGGAAAACUCGUCCGAUCGGCAGCAGAUGCCACCUGAUCAUGAUGAUGGUGAUGAUGAUGAUGAUGAUGAUGAUGAUGGUGAUGGUGAUGGUGAGCAGCAGUCAGGAGGUCCAGGAUGAUGGCGUGGUUCAGGACUCGACGCCCUCGGAGGGAUCGCCGCUUUCUCCUCGGAGCACCUGGAUGAUGUUCAUGAAGAACUCCCAGGCGCAAAAACGAAACUCCCGAAGAACGGCAAAGGGCGCUCUCCGAGGACCUCCGGGACCGCGAGGACCUCCUGGCCUCCCGUGCCCCCCCGCGCCCCGCCCGCAUCCGCAGCAGAUCCUUGACGACGUCCUCAGCGAGCUCGCCGGGGGCGUGUCGUUUUGCGCAUUGUGCCACCGCCCCCCUCGAAUCCCCGCCUCCUUCCUGGGGUUCCUCCGCCGCACGGUGGAAGUGGCUCGCCGCAGCCUGACGGAGCUCCGCCCCUUCACUCAGGCCCCGCCCUCCUUCCAACGCGGCACCGGCUUCAACGUUAGCGACGGACGCUACACCGCGAUGCUAAGUGGGUUUUACCUGCUCACUGCGCGGCUCCGCCUACAGUCAGGUGAGCGCGUUCAGGUGCGCCUCUGCGAGAGUGUGACGGCGGCCGUCUGCGUUGGCUCACUUUGCCGCACCAACCUCUCCAUUGAGUCGGUGGUGGGCGUGGCCAGUGUGGGAGGAGCCUUCAGCAUCAGUUUGACCGGGAUGCUCUUCUUACAGGCCGGCGAGUACGCGUCCGUCUACGUGGACAACGCCGCUGGCGCCGACGUCAGCGUCACGCCCGACUCGUUCUUCUCCGCAAUCCUGCUGGGAAUUUGAACUGACGUCCCUUCCCGUCCGCCGGCGUUGCUUCCUGUCGUCGCCGGUGCCGGACGACGUCGUCGAACACGGCUGCGACGCCGCUCUGCCCCCCGGCGGCUCCUCUGUGAUGAACACGCGUUCCCCAUCCACGUCGUGUGACGCAUUUCCCGCACGUCGCGGUAACAUUUCUGUGCGUAAAGGAAGCGCUAACGACUAGCUCAAAAGAAGCGCACAUCAAAACUUGUCAUUUGACACAUCAAAGACGGGCCAGGAAGGAAGACGAAACUUUCGGAACGAUCCGGAAAAUUCAGCUGCCAAUGCUAACAACCGAAGAUCGCUGACAAACUUUACAUCUGGUAAACAUCUUUAAUAGGGUUAACAAUCACAAAGUUAAAAAGUUACCAGUGUUACACUUUGUGUUAAACAGAUGAGGUUUGCUUUAGCAUUAAAAAUGAAUGUUUGUGAUUUGAUUGUUUACUCCAUGACUAUGUUGACAGUUUUCGACACUUUUAUUGCUGCACUUUUUGUGCAAAUAAAAUGAAGGAAUUGUUAACUGGAUUUUGUGCAUUACUUCU